AUGCACGGCCAUCAUCACAACAAAGAGGACGAUCUUCACGAUACUGUUGAUGGAACUCCGGUUAUACCCGGGACGGCUCUACCGGUUCAAACCGAGGUCAACCCGGAUAAAGUGUUGACCGGCCAUGAAAUGUUGACUGUGGAGGAUGGUUUAGAAUCACGAGCUGGAGCCCGCAAGCCCGAAGAUGAGAAUCCUGGCAAAAUGGGUACGGAUUUUGUGGAAGAAGUUGACGUGGCAGAACCAACGGUCCAGAUCAGUCGUCCAACGGGUUUGGAGGAGGACCCGCAUUCCAUAAAGAGCCAUCCUGGAAAAAUCCAUCCUUCAAAUUAUCAGUCCAAAGUCACUGACCUCAAGGGUGAAGGAGGAGCAGAAGCGGAGGUUGCCCCACUCGUCGAGCGCUUGGAUAGACUUCAUAUCCCGGCACCGGAAAAUGAAUCUUACACCGGGAGCCACGGCCAGUUUGCCCCUCAGCCAACUCCCACCGCGGGCGAGUUCGUUCCCGAGUCAAACCCGGUCGGCUCAACCCGAGACUCGGAGGAGCUGCCAAAAAGUUUUGGUCGAGCCGAAACAGAGUCCAUGCCCCGCGACACUAUAACCGGAAAAUCCGCCGGGUGUGCGGCGGCGGAGGAAGGGGGUGGCGGAAGAGGGGUGUCGGUGAAGGAGUACUUGGCGGAGAAACUGAGGCCCGGGGAGGAGGACAGGGCAUUGUCUGAGGCAAUUUUGGGGAAGUUGCAGGGGAAGAAGGCGGUGGUGGGCCAGGCGGCGGCGGCGGAGGAAUAUGUGGCGGCCGGCGGUGGUGGGAGCUCCGGUGGGUGGGUCGUGGGCCGGCUGAAGAGGGCUGUGGGGUCGUGGAUUGGGAAGGGCGGGAAGCACAUGGCGGGACAGGGCAAGGAAUAA